AAAUGUAAUUGGAUUUUCCUUCCCAGAUCAGAAUGACUGAAUCAUCUGAAAGGAACGAGUCAGUGAGGAAAUGUAAAAUUUUCCAGAAAUGGCAUCUUCUUCCCGAAAUUUGGGAAAACGUUCCCGAGGAUGUUGGGAUCAUCUCCCCCGCUGGCAGGAAAAGCUGCUUUUGAGGCCGGACAGACUCGUUAAGUGGGAUUUGGUUUGCGGCAGACAGACAGAGUGUGAACAGAGCAGGUCAGGAAUGUGGGAAUGCGGCGGCGGAGCCCAGCUCAUCUCGGCCGCCCCCGGACUCUAACGCUGAGCAGGAGCGCCGGCGUUCCGGGCCGUCCGGCACGAAGAGCUCAGAGAGAAGCUGCUGAGCUGCUGGAGGCUCUUUUGGAGACAAACCCGUUCUCCUGGAGCGGAUCCAAGAAGGAACAAAGAUCCGUAUUCAGACCCGGAGCGGGGGGGGGUGCAGCUCUGCAGCUGGCGCUCCAACGCAGAGCUGCAACACUCACGCUCAACAUCCGGCCUUUGUUUCUGGAAAUCUAACCUGAUCCUGGAGUAGAACCUGCAAAACAGACUCCUGAUUCUGAGGGAAACCAUUUGGCUUCCUGGUUCUGCAGAGAGACUGAAUUCAUCAGAAAUCUGAAAUACAUUUCCAGAGAUGUGAUGGAAAAACAUCCAUGAUGCAGCCAGACACUGGGGCCCACACGGCGUUCUGGCGACAUUACAUCUGUUCUGUUGUUUAACACAACUGGAUGGAUGAACGGUUGGACGGAAACAGCUGCUCUUCUUGCUCUCUCCGCCCGUCCAAUCAGCGGGCAGCGUUACUGCAGCCAAUGGCAGCAGCCGGCCGUGUCUCGCAGUGUCUCUCUCUGUCUCACCGUGUGUCUAUCUGUCUCUGUCUGUCUCCAGGAUGAGUUCCAUCCGUUCAUCGAGGCGCUGCUCCCCCACGUCCGGGCCUUCGCCUACACCUGGUUCAACCUGCAGGCGCGCAAGAGGAAGUACUUCAAGAAGCACGAGAAACGCAUGUCGAAGGAGGAGGAGCGCGCGGUGAAGGACGAGCUGCUGGGCGAGAAGCCCGAGGUGAAGCAGAAGUGGGCAUCUCGCCUGCUGGCCAAGCUGCGCAAGGACAUCCGGCCCGAGUUCCGGGAGGACUUUGUGCUGACGGUGACGGGCAAGAAGGCGCCAUGCUGCGUGCUGUCCAACCCGGACCAGAAGGGCAAAAUGCGGCGCAUUGACUGUCUGCGGCAGGCCGACAAAGUGUGGCGCCUGGACCUGGUGAUGGUCAUCCUGUUCAAGGGAAUCCCGCUGGAGAGCACGGACGGCGAGCGGCUUGUCAAGGCGCCGCAGUGCGCCAACCCCGGCCUAUGCGUCCAGCCGCACCACAUCGGCGUCUCCGUCAAGGAGCUUGACCUCUACCUGGCCUACUUCGUGCACUCAGAAACCAGCCAAUCAGAAAGCCCCAACCAGGCCAGCGAAUCAGACAUCAAGGAGCAGCCAGAGAACGGUCACCUGGGAUUCCAGGACAGCUUUGUCACACCUGGAGUCUUCACCGUGGCCGAACUUGUCCGAGUCUCCCAGACUCCCAUCGCGGCCGGAACCGGACCCAACUUCUCCCUGGCUGACCUGGACAGCUCCUCCUACUACAGCAUGAGUCCAGGAGCCAUGAGGAGGCCGCUGCCCAGCACCUCCUCCUCCAGCUCUGCCAAGAGAAUAAAGUGCAUGGAGGAGGACGUUGACAGUCCGGGCGAGGAGUCCUAUUACCCGGGUCCGGGUCGGUCUCCGGGCAACGGCGGCCAGGCCGGCAGCUGGCAUGACGUGGAGCCAGGAUUGCCGGCCUCCAUCUGCUCUCUGAAGCGCUCAGAGAGGUGCAGCUCCUCUUCCUCCUCUUCCUCCUGCCCCAGAACGGCCGCCCCCCUCUAUCACCGGCCCGUCAUUACCGGGCCUCCAGCCAGCCCCCACGCCCCCCCUCCGGCCUCCACUUCUCCUCCUCCCCCAUCCUGCAGCAGCCCGCCUCCUACUUCUCCCACCCGGCCAUCCGCUACCACCCACAGGAGACGCUCAAGGAGUUCGUCCAGCUGGUGUGUCCUGACUCCGCCCAGCAGGCCGGACAGGUGGGCCUCCUCAACGCCAGCAGCAGCUCCCAGACGAAGGUCCACAACCCGUUCCUGCCGACGCCCAUGCUGCCCCCCCCACCUCCCCCUCCGAUGGCCCGGCCCGUCCCGCUGCCCGUCGACACCAAGCCCCCCCCCACCUCAUCCACAGAGGGAGGCAGCAACGCCCCCUCUUCCCCCACAUACUCCACCCCCACCACAUCUCCAGCCCAGCGGUUCGUCAGCGUUGGGCCUCGAGACCCCAGCUUCAACAUCCCUCAGCAGCCGCAGUGGUACCUGGGAUAAGGACUCCGGAGGCGCAGACGCCCUCUACGGCCAGCCGCUGCAGCCUGUCCUCCAACACCAGCUGUCCCUGGUCAACCCCGUCACUGGUCCUGCAGAUCCUGGCUCCACCGUCAAUGACUCAGCAUCGGCAUGGCUAAAGCAGAUUAAGAGCUCCCACGCAGCGAAUCGUUUGUCCCAGAAUUCCUUGCAGACUCUUGGAUCGUAUAUCUGUAGUGCUGGAUCUGAGUCCUGAACCUUUUUCCUUGAAUCCCUGACCAAUGGAGCAAUGGGGGAAGCGAUCUGUUCUGGGAACGUCGUCAGACUGAGUCCCAGAUAUUCCUCUGUGGAGGACCUACCUAUCCAUCACUUUGUGCCGUGUGAACUUGCAGUGGUUUGAAGCCCUCCAAGCUGCCACCACCCCUUCCUCCUUAGUGGAUCCCUGCAGCCGGGGGCUGGUGGGUUAGGCAGGAGCAGCCUGGCUCAGAACACCAGCUGAAACAAACUUGGGACGGACGCUGCCUCCUUCCCUAGCUCUCUUCAGGACUUAGACAGUAGAAUGAAGGGAGGAGCUGAGCCGGGGGCAGAGCAGCAUGGACAAACCGUGGGGGCUCUGGGUGGGACGUCCUGAAGGUGGUCUGGAUUCGCUGCUACGCUUCACCAGCCACUCGUUUCUCUGGAGGCUUCAUGGCUCAUCGGUUUCUCUCUUUUAGCCUCCAUUCUCUCCUUCCAUCCAUCCACCUGUCCAGGUGAAGAGGCAGCGUACGCAGGGCGGGCCGAACCCCCGGGGGUCCGAAGCCACACCGCCAGUCAGGGGAGAGCCCCGCCUCUCAAACUUAACAGUGAAAUCAUGAGGAAAAGUGCAAUUUUAUUGACUAGUUGGUUUAUUAAAUAUAUCUAAAUGUAUAUUUUUUUUGUAGUCCGCUCAGACCUGGGACUCUAAAACGCUGGGCGACAAACCGACACGCAGCCUUGGGGAACACCAAGCCAGUGAGAAACCACCAAACCGCGUCGUUCUUUGAUAAUCUGGUAGUUUGGUAUGAGAACGUUUGAAUCGGAGGUCAGUUUCUGAGCAAAGGACUGAUGUUCAUUCAGCUCAAAUAGAAACGAAUAAUUCUUUUAUUUAAAAUGUAUUCUGCGUCAGGGAAACAAAAUGUCUCCGGAGGCCAAAUCACAAUUUAAGCUUGAAACAAAUCAGUUUGGCAAGAUAAUCUGCCUGGCAACGGGCUCCCAUGUGAUUGGCUGGGUUUUCCAGAGGCUCCUUCCAAUCACAAGCACUUCUUCCUCCAGCUGGGCAAUAGGCUGCGAGUGCGUCAUCAGGGGGCGUGGUUUAUUUAUGAAGACUUUAACUCUUCUUUAGUUUGGUUUUUCUUUCUUAUUCUAUAAAUGUCUAUAGACACACGCGCACGCACGCACACCCCCGACAUUAACAUGAGUUUAAGUGAAAAAGUUAUAAAAAAUAAGUAAUUUUUUUUUGCAUGUGUUUGUGGCCGUUUUCUCCAUAGAUGACGUAGUUAGUGAUAAACGGACGAUAUCCUGUAAAACUUCCCAACAGGAAGAACCGACUUCCUGUCGGUUCUUCACUUCCUUACAGUUCUCGGUUCUUUUCCUCUCAUGUUUUCCUGGCAGCAACAGAACCGGUCCGUUCUUCAAAUCCGAAACGUUCCUUUGUCUGUCCUGUAUCUAAAUUAGCCGAUGCUGAUCUCUGCGCCACAAACACUAGCAGCAUGUCCAACCUGUGGUCAAACCAGCAUCAAGGUGGCAUGGCCUGCAGAUGGCGCUGUAGGCUGAUUCACUUUGGUUUUAUGAAGAGGAAGUUGUGAAGAACUCGUUUUGGAGGCGGUUAGUGGAAAGUUCAGAAGGUCUCCUCCUUGUUUGAGGCUGAAUCUUCUGAUGGCUGCAUAUGGAAACAUUCGCUGGACGUUUUCCAUCAAGCAGCUCCAGAUCCAAACCACAAGCUGCUCUACAGCCAUUCAUUCAUACAGCCAUUUAUUCAUACCCCUGGCAGGCUUGCCUCUAAUUUGUUUCUGACCCUACCCCAACCCUACCAAAGCUCUUUCUAUAAAAUAAACAUAUCUCUAAGAGACAUAAAAAAAUCUGCUUUAUUUUUAUUAGAAUAAUAACCUACAUCAAUUAUCAAUUAAAACAUUUUUACCCCCUGAUGAAUGAGUGAAGCUUACUAGCUUCAUGCCUGUCUUGUUGUAUAUAUAGCCAAAUGUUGGUUGAUACUUAUUCCUCUCAUAUUAAGCUUGAUUUUAGAUGGGCUCUGAUACCACCCAGUGGUUGGAGGCUGAAUUACAUGUGGUUCAUGGAAGCGCAAUUGUGCAAUAGGCCGAUAAACUGUUAAUAAUCUGAAUCCUCAGCUAGGUUGUGCAAUAAAAAUAUAUUUUUAGACUAACUAAACUAAUGUUUUCUGUACAUGAUAUAUUAAAACAGGCCACACGAUUAAAAUUCUAAAAUGUAUUUCUAAUUUGUGUUUGAAGUUUUUUAGUGACACUCGGCAACUAAUGAAUGAAAAUGAACCGAUAUAUAAAAUUUAGAUGUAUUUGUAACGAAAAAAAGGUAAAUAGAACCUUUAUUACAUAUGAAUAUUAAUAAAUAAUUUUCACAAAUAUAUAACCUUAUAUAUCUGUUUUAUCUGGAUUUAGGGAACAAAAACUUUUAGGACAUUAUCGUAAAGACAUUUUUCAGUAGUUAGCGCUAUUUGGAACACUGCAGGAUGAAAACACAUGGUUGCUGAAAAACAGUUUGUAAAACUGAUUUCAUGGGACUGCUGUGAAGGAAUUUUACAGUAUUUAAAACACUAUGAUCAUGAAAAACCAGUGGUUGUUCAAAAAGAAAAAUUUGACUCAAUUUCAACAUUUUUGAGCAAAAACAUCCUCUGAAAUUAUCACUGUAGCAAGACUGAACAAUUUGUUUCAUUCCUUAACUGCCUGGUGUUGCUAAUUAGCAUCACAGCUAAAUUUACACUAAUGGUGACUGAAAUGUUCAUAUUUCAUAAACUUAUGAUGUCUAAGUUUUUGUGCACCCGGACAUUCAGGCACUAAGGGGUUGUUAGCUUGUGGGCGGAGCAGCUUGUUGGUUCAGAUGAGAAUAAAUGGAAUGACGAACCGCAUUCUGAUUGGUCGCUGGAUGUUCUGGCUUUGGAGCAGAGACAGAACCAGAACAUCCAACUCCACCUGCAGGUCAGCUUUAGAACUCCCGAGUCUCCCUGUUGUUACCACAGGGCUCCAGUAGGGGGCAGAGCAGCAGAAACAGCUUCCGGCGCUGCUGUUUGCUGCUCAUUUGACUGAAUCCGGACCUUCAGAUUCCAGCUUCCAGAUCUUCUCCGUCUGUUGCUGUAAAAAGGUUUCACGUCUUCCCGUUUGUCUCCCUGAUUGUUCCCAGAUCCGAGUAUCGGAUGUAAAUUAUGCAAUAUCUGCUUGCACUCUGAGUCGUCUUUUUCUGGUUAGUUUUCCUUUCUUCAGCCAGAAGCCGGGCCCUCCGGGGCCGCUGUGUGUCUCAUGAACCCGACCUUAAACAAAUCCAAGCUGUUGUCCGUCAGAGUGCGGACGGUUCUGUGAAACGGAUCUGUCCGGUUCUGUCGGGUCCGAGGUUCUGUUCCUGCCUUCCCUUUGGCUGUGAGUUGGGCAUUAACUACCUGCACUAAAUAUGAGAUGAUGAAUAAAGAAAAGCAGCGUCCGGGUCGAAUCAAUUGAAGGGAAUGAAAUUAGAAAAUUGCACGGACAUUUUUUAAAGUGUCAUUAAAUCUGAUCAGUUGGUUUGAAUCCGACUGGCUGAGCGUUAGACGUUUUCACGGAAACUACAACGAGAGAGCAGUGACGUGGGCAGCGAGUUUGUUAGCUGUUUGUUCAUUGAGUUGGUUCUGUAGUGAAGGCAGAGGGAGCGCCUCCUACUGGCUGGAGGCCUGACUGAGUGCUGUAUAGUUUAUUGAUUUUAAAGCUGCCCUAUUUUCUAAUGCAGGACUUUUUUAACAACGACUAAGUGAGGAAACUGUGGUGUUGUGAUUUUUCUGACUUUCUACAGAGAUUUGUUUUUUUCCUGGAAACUGGAUGUAAGUUGAAAACUUUCCAGUUUCCGUCUUUUUUCUUGGGUUUCCUUUUUAUGUAUUUAUGAACAUUUCAUAUGUUGACACUCUUCUGCAGCCCAGGGUGAGCCCUAACCCCAUUGUAAAUGGAUGUUACAGUUUCUGUAUGUUCAGUGUUGAUGAAGCUGAAUUUAGUCCUUUUGAGGGAAAACAACAUUUUUCUGCGUUUGAAGGAAUUUAGUUGUUAGGCAGGAGACAUAGCCGGCCAAACGAUGCCCGACAAGAAAUGCAUCCAGGCAUCUUUUUUUCUGUUCACCAUUCCAUGCAGAACAAUAAACAGCUUGAUUAUGCACCAUGA